AUGGAGAACACUUUACCAUUAUCAACAGGAAAACGAAUUUCAUCAUCUCAAGGUCGAGUUCGUGCUAAUAUUCCGAUUCGUUCACGUAUACCAUCACCAUUCGUUGGCGGUAAAAACACAACACCGCCAUCAGUAAUGCAGCAACAACUGCCGCCCGAAGAAGAUGAGGAAGAAGAGCUUAUACAAAAUUCAUCACCGAACCGACGCUUAAACGCGUAUGGUUUACCAUCACGACACCCAUCAAGGGGUAACUCUUAUUCUCGAUCCUACGCACCUAGUAAUUUAAAUGACAAGAUCAGAGUAUGUGUACGUAAACGACCACUCAACAAAAAAGAAGUCGCUAGAAACGAAAAAGAUAUUGCUACAAUAAAUAGCCAAAGGACUGUUCUCAUAAAUGAACCGAAAAUGAAAGUCGAUUUGACGAGAUACGUUGAACAACACACAUUUGUAUUUGACGAUGUGUUUGAUUCUGACGCUAGUAAUGAAGAGGUAUAUCAAAGAACCGCAUUACCAUUGGUUGAAUACAUUUUUAGAGGAGGAAAAGCCACGUGUUUUGCAUAUGGUAAAACUCAUACAAUGCUUGAUGAAAAACAAGGCCUUUACGUUUUGGCGGCCAGGGAUAUAUUUAAUUUAUUACGGCGGGAGGAAUUUACUCAUUUAGCAUCUUACAUUGGAUUCUAUGAAAUUUAUCAGGGACAACUGUAUGAUCUUUUAAAUCAAAGGAAGAAAUUAUUUGCUCGAGAAGACGGAAAGAAAAAUGUAGUAAUUUCAGGUCUUCAAGAAUAUUCCAUUGAUAACGUAGAUGCUUUGAUGCAAGUAUUUGAUUAUGGAAAUAUGGCUAGGAGUACAGGAAAGCUCAGCUUCAUCGAUUUAGCUGGUAGCGAACGUGGAGCAGACCGAGGUGAUGCAGAUAAACAAACAAGGAUGGAAGGUGCUGAAAUUAACAAAAGUUUGUUAGCAUUGAAAGAAUGCAUUCGUGCAUUAGAUCAAGAUAAAAAACAUACACCUUUUCGUCAAAGUAAACUGACACAGGUUCUGAAAGAUUCGUUCGUUGGAAAUUCACGAACUUGUAUGAUCGCUACAGUUUCCCCAAAUAUUUCAAACAGUGAACAUACUCUCAACACAUUACGAUAUGCAGAUAGAGUUAAAGAACUUAAAUCGGAACGAGAUCGCGCAGAUCGAGUCGCUGCCGGUCUUGAAUUGGCAGCAAAUGAACUUCGCGGGUUAACCGACGAACAACGACAACAAUAUUAUUCUGAUGCACAAUCAAAAAUGGAAGGAUAUACAUAUGAAGAUGAAUUUCUUAGUGAUGAUGAUAAUGAUCUAUUUGGAGAAGAAAUGCCAUCAGACGGAAUUGUUGAUGAAGAUUUUAUUGGCAUAUCAGAUGAAUUGUUCGGUAAAGAAAAUGAUUUUGAUUCAUCGGACAUUAUGUCUAAUUUAACUAUUACAGAUUCACCAGAUUCUCGUCAAUCUACCUCAACAACAAUUCCUUAUCAUAUUCAACAACCUUCUUCACCAUAUUCUUCAUCUCCACGAUAUUCGAAUACUUCAAAUGAUAAUUCAUUAUCAUCACAAUCCAUUACACAUCAAGAGAUAGAGGAAUUUCUUAAACAUCAUAGACAUGAGUUAAGAGAAGUUAGUGAUUCUAAUAAACAAGAAACUAAACUCUUGGCUAAUUUCACCUUAGAAAUGAAUUCCAAUGAUGAUUUAGGUGGUGCACAUGAUGUUACCGUUGAUGCAUUUGAACGGUAUCUUGAUGAUUUAGAUGGACUUUUAGAAUCUAAAGAACAAAUUAUCUCUGAAUUGAGACGUAAAAUCUCGCAGAUUUGGCGACGAAGCUAG